UUGGCACGGUACUAUCUUCUCAACCCCAUAUUAAUUUCCUCCACAUUUCAUCUUACCUCGUACUUAGGUUCUCUUCAUUCAGUCUUAAUUUUCUCCACAUUUCUCUACCAAAUACCGUUUCAUUUGCUCAAGCAGAAACACCCACCGCACAAAGCCAUCAUCAAUAUGGUACAAGCAAAGAAGUUCAGGGGAGUAAGACAGCGCCAAUGGGGCUCAUGGGUCUCAGAAAUUCGUCACCCCUUGCUGAAGAGAAGGGUGUGGCUAGGUACAUUUGAGACAGCAGAGGCUGCAGCAAGGGCAUAUGACCAAGCAGCAAUUUUGAUGAGUGGUCAAAAUGCCAAGACCAAUUUCCCUACACAAAUGAAUCAGCCUCAAGGUGCUACUACUACUACUCCGUGUGUAGACCCUUUCUCAUCUCCAAAUGUUCUUUCUGAGCAUCUGAGUAGGAAGCUCAAGAGAUGCUGCAAAGACCCUUCUCCAUCCCUCACAUGUCUAAGGCUAGAUGCUGACAAUUCCCACAUUGGAGUGUGGCAAAAGGGUGCAGGACCACAUUCAGACUCUAACUGGAUUGUAAGGGUUGAGAUUGGAAAGAAAUUACAUGCAGAGGGUGAGUCAUCAAGUGUAUCAUCAUCAGCAGCAGGAGGGUCACCACCAAAACCUAGUGUUGGUCAUGGUGAUGGUUAUGGUGACGAAGAGGAUAGAAUUGCCAUGCAGAUGAUUGAUGAGCUUCUUAAUUGGAAUCAUCCCUGUGGUUCGAGUAAUUAAACUUUCGGAUUAAAAUUAAAUAGAAAGAAAUAAAGCAAAAAAAGAAGCUUUGGUGUCAUGGCUAAUACUGAAAUAUAUAGCAUGCCCAUUUUCUUCUAUCUUUAUCACAUGCUUUUUUGGUUGGGAUUGUGUAAAAGUGAUGGUUAUUGAUACUCUUAUACUACUGUAUGAUGUUAUUACCAUAUGCACUAUAUAUUGUAAUCAAGUUAGUUAGAGCCUUAGA